CGUCGUAAAUACUGACGGUUCGAUGUUGGAAAGAGUCGGUCGCUGUGGAUCGUUGUUAGUGCUGGAGAUCAGCAGCAGUGUGUGUGGAGACCCCGCUCGAUCAAACUCUAGCUCUCAGAAGACCGGGAAAAGAAAAAGAGUCCUGCUUCAGAAGUCUUGUGAAGUCGAGUGAUUCAUAUAAGAGAUUGAGAAUUAGAGGCUUGACCACUGUUUAUGUCUCUCGCUAGGUUGCUAACUGGCUGAUCCCCUAAUGGAAAGAACAUCUGAGUUUGUCUGAUGUGAGUAUGUGAGCCGCUGAGCGUCUGGAUACAAUGUUUUUCGUGUGUCUUCUUUUAUCGGAGCGUUUCACGCGCUACAGAGUAAUAGCAGCGCGAGCGCUCCAUCCUGAACAAUGAUUCAGAGUAACCGAUCCAGAGACUCACUCCUGCAGGACUGACUGAAGAAACUCUCUCUCAGGCAAGCUUUUUAUGUGCAUUGGCACAGUGUGCUCCAGAGCAAUGGCUAUGAGAAUGUCUUAGCCCAGCGAACACUUGCAAGGGGGGACUCUGCUUGUUCCUCCCCCUAUGGCAACUCCAGGUGAUGAGUCAGCACCAGUGAUGGGGAUCCAUUGAGUCCUGUCCCUGACACUAUUCAUUGCCCUUUCCCCCUUUACCCUUUACCCCUGCCCUGCCUGGCUAGUGCACGAACAUGCUGCGCUUCCUCCCUCUCAAGCUUGGUCGUCUGUACCGGUGUCUGAAGCUUCUCUUUGUCGUGGGGCUGUUUGUCAUCUUGCUGAUGAACACGCACAACCUCUUCGCCUCAUUCCAAAAGAACGAACUCACUGACCGAAGGUUCAUAAACCUCAACAAGUGCCCAGCCUGCUUUGGCACCAGUUGGUGUCGCAAGUUCAUGAAUGGACAAAUAUCUUUCGAGACUUGGGGGCGCCUUCGCUUCCUGGAUGUCUUCAAUGUGAAAAACGUUUUCUUCGCCCAGUACGGGGAGCCUCGUGAGGGUACGCGGAGGAUUGUACUCAAGCGGUUGGGUUCCAACCAAGAACUUACCGAUAUUGACCAGAAGAUUUGCAAGCGGGCAACAGGACGGCCUCGUUGCGAUCUCAUCCAGGCCAUGUACAAGACUGAGUUUGCCCGACUUAAUGGAGACGUCAGACUCCUAACUCCAGACGUUGUGGAAGGCUGGUCAGACCUUGUUCAUUGUCCGUCCCAAAGACUUCUGGACAGAAUAGUCAGGAGGUACGCUGAGACAAAAGACUCUGGAAGCUUCCUUCUCAAGAACCUUAAAGACACAGAACGGAUGCAGCUGUUGAUGACCUUGGCUUUUAAUCCGGAGCCCCUAGUUCUUCAGAGUUUCCCUUCAGACGAAGGCUGGCCAUUUGCGAAGUACCUGGGUGCUUGUGGGCGGAUGGUGGCAGUGAACUACGUGGGUGAGGAGCUGUGGAGUUUCUUCAAUGCUCCCUGGGAAAAGAGGGUAGACCUGGCCAAGCAACUGAUGGACAUUGCUGAGCAGCUUACCAACAACGACUUCGAUUUUGCUCUCUACCUGCUGGACGUCAGCUUCGAUAACUUCGCUGUGGGCCCGCGGGACGGGAAGGUCAUUGUUGUGGAUGCGGAGAAUGUUGUGGUGGCCGACAAGAGGUUGAUAAAACAAAAUAAGCCUGAGAACUACGAUGUCUGGUACGAGAGCAAGUUUGAGGAGUGUGACAAGGAGGCCUGUCUUUCCUUCUCUAAAGACAUGUUGUGCUCACGGGUCACAGUGGACCACAACUAUUAUGCCAUCUGUCAAAAUUUGCUUUCGCGAUAUGCUACAUGGCGGGGCAGCUCCGGCGGACUUCUUCAUGACCCCCCGCCACACAUAGCCAAAGACAGCCAGCUUGAAGCUCUUUUGGAUGAGUGCGCCAACCCCAAAAAGCGGUAUGGCCGUUUCCAAGCAGCUAAAGAACUCCGUGAGUACUUAACCCAGCUCAGCGGUACCACUAGGUAAUGACCGCCCAUACCUGUCAAUGCUCGAUGUUCACUCAUCAAUGUCCGACGAUGUCUUUAGGGUCUGGGGAUCCCCAUUAGACUUAUGACAAAGAGACUUAAGGUCUGACAAAGCUUCUGUCCUCUGUAACUCUAUCUCAGACCAAUCGUCCAUCACUACAAUCUGUUAUGUGUACAUUUUGUUUCUCUAAAUCUUUAAAUUAUUGAAAAUACUGCAUUACUUCAUUGCAAGGGUUCAUUGCUUUUAUUCAAUGGUUUAUUUUGCAAUAAAGGCAGCGGUUACAUCCUCAUUGUCAACAUCCUCCAGUUUCUCGCUGGAGGUUUACUUGCAAAAUGGUGACACUGGGAAAGGCAGCUUGGGAAUGCUAGUACACAAGCAUUAACUCUGUCCAAAACGUUUUAGUGAACGUCUUCUGCCUAAUUGAUUCACUUACAUUCCAGGAAGAAUGAGUUUGGCAUAAAGCAUAAUUUUGAGAUGGUAGAGAGGAUGUGGAAAUUUGUACAUAAUUAGAGCAGAUUGGAGGGGAAAUGAGUUGGAAUUGCUUUGCAUAUACCAAAGAGUCUGGUUCUAUAUAACUCAAACCUCUGAAGUAAAAGGGCAGAGACUUUCAGUAAAAAUUUAGCAUUGUCAAACCAUCAGAAUUACCCCAGAGCAGAUUCAUGAAUGUGGUUACACUUGUUUCAAAGAUUUGUGUUUGUAUUAAUCAAGCAAAGUCCAGAGAGGGCCACGAUGAAUCCAAAUUACGUGGCACUAUUAAAUCAGAGAGGUCCAGGUCUCUAAUCGGCCGUUAACUAUAAAUAAUGUACUGGCACAUGGCGUGAUGCAGCACUAUCAAACUGAACAUGCAUCUGCACAGGCUAAAAUGAACUUUCUAUCUUUAAAAUCCAUCUUAACAUUUCAAUUUCACAGCUCUGCAAUUGAAUUAAUCAAAAUUUAAUCAAAUGUCUCUAACACUUAAGAUCAUUUACUUUUGAGCCAUCAGCCUGCUGUUUUUUUCCCCUUCCCUAGUUUGAUUUUGCACUUGGUGGACCAAUGAAUUAGAUCAGUAUGCUAAUGAGUAUGCGUUAGAUAAUGAAGUACGCUAGCGCUUGACUGACAGCAUCACUCCAUUGAGCCUGGAUUUUGAAAGCUAGCUAAUCACUUUCAACUUGAUGUUUCUGCCAGAGCAAAUUAAUGAAAUUAAUUAAGAUUUUAAUCUUUUUAUUUCCAUGUUUGGGUUCUGGCCAGUCAGGCCCUGAAGAGUCAAAGCAAUAAGUGUCGAUCAGCCAUUAUCACUGAAGAUCCCUCUGCUCUUGUCAAAUCUAAACCAGUGACCGGAUGGCCUCUCUUUGGGUGUUGGCACGUGAGAGUUUUUUUUUUUUUGCGUGCAUAAGUAACUGUCUGCUUUUGUACUGUACUUCUUUUUCAGUUGAGUAUUAUAUCAGCCAUGUCUGAUUUUACUGUGCCUUUCAUUCAGAAGUUGUAUUUACAACUUUUUAGUCUGUUUAAAUAUCAAAUAAUAAACGAAUAUAUAUAUAUGU